CGGGAUGCCCUUCUCAAGAAAGGGAAACAUUCCAAAUUGACUAGUUUGACCAAACUCUGAUCACUAUAAAAUUGCUACAAAUGUGACUUGAAUGAUUGUCCCAUGCAUACCCACACCAUAUCUCUGCCUCUCCCAAACCAAGCUUGAAGAAUGGAAGUUCCGCAUAUCCCAGGAUUAGAUUUUGACCCAUCUAGCAUCCAGCUGCUGAAUCAUUACUUGAAGCAGAGGAAUUUGGACUACUUCCACUCCGGGGAUCCCAGUUAUUCGACGAAUUGUCAUCUGAUCCCGGAUAUCGAGCUCUACAACUGGGAUCCCGAGGAACUUCCUGGCCAGUACUAUAGGAUAGCAAAUGCGAGGUCUAAUGGAAGGCAGUGGUUUUUCUUCUGUCUUCGAAAAGAGAAGUACCGUAACAGCAAUCGGUCCGAGAGGACUGUUCAAAAUGUUGGUUAUUGGAAGAUCACUAGUUCAGACAAGAAAGUGAAGAGCGAAGACACUGGCGAAGAGAUAGGCAAGAAGAAGACAUUGACUUUCUACCGAGGGCGUAUUCCUAGUGGGAUCAAGACCAACUGGGGAAUGCAUGAAUACUACCUAAAUCCAUCGUAUCUCGGCUACAACAUUGAAGAGAUGCCGUUUGUUGUCUGUCAUGUAUUUAAGAGAAGUGGCAGAAGGGGUGACGAUAAUGUCGAAUCAGCAAGUCAUGCAAAUGAUGAUUCCGGCGGCCCUGCCUCAUCUGAAAGCCGUGCGCCUACUCACGAAGCUGCUUCAAAUGAGGAGCAAGGAAUGUGGCAAUCACUCUCUGAUAUUCAGCAACUUUCUCACGACAUCCCGGACUACAGUACCGGGUUCACUGGAGGGGCCGGUUAUCACUCUUACACCAACAGUGAUGGGCUCUUUAAUGGCUAUCGCUCUAACAAUUACUAUGCAUCUCCUGAUGAAACUUACGACCACCAACAGUACCAAGGUGACUGGAACUCCCACAACCACUACUAGAAAAUCAUCAUACUGUUUCGGUCUUUUUAUUCAAGUCGGAUUGUCAGUUUGUCUGAUCAUGGACGUGGUCCAUGGAUGUAGUGUCUAAUAUUAUUGUAAGGCGUGUGUUCUCGGUGUCAGUUACGAAAGAAAUUGCAUUUGGGGUGCUGUUUCUGUAUACUUUUAAUUUACUCGGUGAGUUGGGAUUUUCUCUCAUUAUGUCUGUCCUAAAUUAUUAAGUCAAUGCGAGACUCUUACAUAUUA